UCUCAGAAUUUUGAAAUGAAGAUGGAGGAGGCCGUAGGAAAAGUUGAAGAACUUAUUGAAUCUACAGCCCCACCAAAGACAUCUGAAAAACAAGAAACAGUCCAGACAGAAGAUGGACCUAUAGAACUGGAGUCUCAUUCUCAGAAAGAAGGCGUGGGUGAUUCUGCAGUUCUUUCAUCAAUGCCUUGCUUACUGAUGGAAUUGAGACGGGACUCCUCAGAGUCUCAACUGGCAUCUACAGAAAGUGAUAAACCAACAACUGGUCGAGUUUAUGAGAGUGACUCUUCUAAUCAUUGCAUGCUUUCACCUUCCUCCAGUGGACACCUUGCUGAUUCAGAUACAUUGUCUUCCGCAGAAGAGAAUGAGCCCUCCCAGGCAGAAGCUACUGUAGAAGGAGAUCCUUCUGGAGUGUCUGGAUCAACUGUUGGUCGCAAGUCUAGACGGUCCCGAUCUGAAAGUGAAACCUCAACAAUGGCUGCCAAGAAAAACAGGCAGUCCAGUGAUAAGCAAAAUGGCCGAGUUGCCAAGGUUAAAGGUCACCGGAGUCAAAAACACAAAGAAAGAAUCCGGCUACUAAGGCAGAAGCGGGAGCUUGCUGCUCGCAAGAAGUAUAACCUGCUGCAGGACAGCAGUACCAGUGAUAGUGACCUGACCUGUGACUCAAGCACGAGUUCAUCAGAUGAUGAUGAAGAGGUUUCAGGGAGCAGCAAGACAGUCACUGCAGAGAUACCAGAUGGACCUUCAAUUGUAGCUCAUUAUGAUAUAUCUGACACCAACUCUGACCCAGAAGUGGUAAAUGUGGACAAUUUAUUGGCGGCUGCAGUAGUUCAAGAGCACAGUAAUUCUGUAGGAAGCCAGGAUACAGGAGCUACCUGGAAGACCAGCGGGCUUCUAGAGGAACUGAAUGCUGAGGCAGGUCAUUUGGAUCCAGGAUUCCUAGCAAGUGACAAAACAUCUUCUGGCAAUGCACAACUCAAUGAAGAGAUUAAUAUCGCCUCUUCAGACAGUGAAGUAGAAAUCGUGGGAGUUCAGGAACAUGCAAGGUGUGUACAUCCUAGAGGUGGUGUGAUUCAGAGUGUGUCUUCGUGGAAGGAUGGUUCAGGCUUACAGUAUUUUAGCAGCCGGCAAACACAAUCAUGGACAUCCGUGACUCCCCAGCAGAAUUGGUCUUCACCCUCGGAAGUAGUUGAUCUUACCCUGGAUGAAGAUAGCAGACGCAAAUACCUACUGUAAUACAAUGUCACUGUGUUUCUUCCCCACUGUACCCUUCCUUUUCUCUUUGGCACAGAAGUUCAUUGUCAUUGCUUCAACUUCAGAAGCCUUGCUCUUGGCA